AUGGUUGGGCACGAAUUGAAAGUCAGUUGGAAUUUCGCAGUUUUGUUUUUAAACAUCUUAAACACCAAUGGAUCGGACAAUAUCGAUGAAGAUGAGGAAUAUAUUGAUAUAGGGGUUCGACUAACAGAUGAGAACCGGGAUCAACUUAUUGCGGAUUUAAUCGCGCAAGAAAAACAUGUGAUUAGUGCUGGUCAUAUUCCCGGUGUUGACAUGUAUCAUUUUCAAGUGCGAAGGAAGCGGAAUCGCCGGUCGAAACGUCAAGUCAAUCAAUUAAUUGAUGAACUUAAAGAAGAUGAACGAAUUGCAUCUGUAACUGUUGGGGAACGGUUAGAACGGCAAAAACGGAACUUUGUUUCUGAUAAUAAAUUAAUCGAUCUUUAUAAAAAAUAUAAAGAAAAUGAAGGACAAUUCAAAUCACCAACAGAUUUUGAUAUCAACGUUGCUCCAGUUUGGUUAGCUGGUUAUUCUGGUAAAGGAAUAGCCGUAUGUAUCGUAGACGAUGGUCUCGACCAUCCACAUCCAGACUUAGCUGAUCAUUACCGACCCGAUCUCAGUUACGAUCUGAAUGACCUCGAUGAUCCUAAACAUGACCCCAUUCCAAGCUCGUACGAUGGUCAAAAUAGCCAUGGUACACAGUGUGCUGGAACAGCUGCUGCCAAAGCAAACAAUGAAGUUUGUGGAGUCGGUGUAGCUUAUAAUGGAGACAUAGCUGGUAUUCGAGUUUUGGAUGGGCCAAUUUCAACACUAUUAGAAGCUCGUGCUAUUGCAUUAUUUGUCGAAAAUACGGACAUUAAAAGUGCUUCGUGGGGACCGGCCGAUGAUGGCACGAAGAUGGAAGCGCCUCACGGUAUGACUAGGGCUGCAUUGGAGUAUGGUGUUACACAUGGACGUCAGGGAAAAGGUACUGUAUACGUUUGGGCAGCUGGUAAUGGUGGCAGUAAGGGAGAUGAUUGCGGUGCCGAUGGUUAUGCGUCUCAUCACAACGUGAUUUCAAUCAGUUCUAUUAAUCACCUUGGUGAAACACCUUAUUUUGUUGAAAAAUGUCCAUCAACACUAGCUGUUGCGUAUACCGGUGGUCAACAUGAAAUUUUUAGUAAUGAAGAACGAUUUCCCGUCGGUGUUAUUGCAUCCGACGUUGAUGGAAAAUGCACGACGACAUUUGCCGGAACAUCAAGUGCCGCACCAAUGGCUGCCGGGGCCUUUGCUUUAGUGUUAGAAGCCAAUCCAGAAUUAACCUAUCGUGAUGUUAUGCAUAUUGUGGCUGAAACAGCGCGAAUUCCAUCGUUACUGGAAGCAGAUGAUUGGCUUAUCAAUGGAGCUGGUUAUCAUGUUAGUGAUAAAUUUGGUUUCGGCGUGCUUGAUGUUGCUCAAAUGGUUGCGCUGGCACAAAAUUGGACGAAUGUGCCGCCAAGAUAUGAAUGUUAUCAAGAACAUACUGGCGGACCGCUUAAAAUCGUGAUCGGUGGAAAACUAGAAGUUCCAAUAAAAGUGAUCCAAUGUGAACCGAUCACAAGAGUUGAACAUGUCGUUGCUAACAUCUCGUUCGAUUUUCCCCGCCGUGGUGAUUUGAAAAUAUCCGUCUUAUCACCAAGUGGAACGAUAUCAGAAGUACUUUCCUGUCGUCCAAAUGAUAUAACCAGUGCAGGCAUUCAAUAUUUUCCAUUCAUGACAUCUCAUAGUUGGAAUGAAAAUCCAAUUGGUGAAUGGAUACUACGUAUAGAAACCUGUGAUCCGAACGCAGAAUAUUCAGAUACCGGUGAACUACAACAUUUUGGCUUACGUAUUUUUGGUUCCUACAGUCCUAAAGCGAACUCGAAAGCUGAUCAAGAUAAACGAUAUCCAAGACGUGCAUUUGUUCCAACAAAACGUGAGAUCGAAGAGAUCUAUAAUCGAGAAUUUGCGGCACGAAAAUCUUCAAAUCUAAUGCAAAAACGAGAUCAUCAAAACUUGAUGAAACAGAAGCGAGCUGAAGCACAAACAACAACAAAGACACCAGACGACAAGAAAUCGCCCAUAUCACCCAUUCAAAAAGUCAUUGAUUCCGCGAAAACGGUAAUAAAAUACAUUCAAGAAGCCAUUCCCACUGUUCGAACAAUUUACGAUACAAUUCGAGAUUUCUUCUUCUCCAAAAAGGAACCGAAAUAA